AUGGACACUCCAAUCCGCCGCGUCAUUACUUCCCACGACCCCCAAGGCAAUGCCUACUUCUCCUCUGACGAAACGUUGACCCCCUACGACCCAACCACGGCACCCGAAUUCAGCCCUCCAGGACCCGAUGCAGGUUUCGGAGUGAUACAAAUCCACCGGUCGCGCGGGUUCCCAGUCGACAACAUGCUGCCCCUAGUCGACCCACAUAAGACCCUAGUCCCCUUAGCCGAUACGAAAGGCCCCUCUUGCCGCAUCUUGGACUUGUACCCCGCCGAAAAGGGAUGGAUGCAUCGGACACUGAGCUUGGACUACUUUGUUGUUCUUACGGGGACUGUCGGAUUUAUUACCGAUGGCGGCGCAGAGAAGACCUUGAAACCGCACGAUGUGGUUGUUUGCAGAGGAACAAACCAUGAAUGGGUCAAUCGCGGGAAAGAUGUUGCUCGGAUCUUUGGUGUUGUUGUGCCAAGCCAGGAAAUUUUCACGGAGGAUGGACAGAGACUGGAGAAGACACCUGCAGGGCCAAUCUUUGACCCCGAGGAAGAUUGA